UUGUAUCCUCAGUGCCAUUCAGAAUUCUUAGAACAUGUUGCGGUUGACGAAGUUUUAAGUGAUGCACACAUUGCCAUGUUUAAGUUAAUUAGCAAAGUUCAAGAUUUUAUUGAUAACGGUUAAAGUGGUUAAAAUAAAUAUCCAUUUGUGUUAAUAAUAAGGACCCUAACUAAAAAACACUUUUGUCCAAUUGUCAAUAUGAAAUCGAUGAACCGAUAGAUAAAAUUUUUCCACAAUUAGAAUGGAGCUGUUCAUUUAUAUUGUACCUUCAAUUCUACAAUUGUUGUGUAUUUACGGAGCCGCAGCAACCGAUCUUUUAUACGGACUGCAUUCGGACAAACUAAAAUCGGGCGCAAUUGUUAUUCCAAAACGAGUGAAUGCAAACGGCGAUUUUCUAACUUUCGAUUUGGCGUAUCGACAUGAUCAGAACUAUCGACAUGAACAUAGCCGACGCCGCCGAAAUAUUGCUAAGACUCUCAGUAAAAUUCAUUACCUGGUCGAUAUGGACAAUGGAACCAUGCAUCUUGAUUUAGAACCUCAUACUUAUUUCCUCGCACCGAGCUUGAUAAUCGAGAGGCAUCGGCGCGAUAUUCGUUCGCGUAAAGCGGCUGUUCCAAACACAGACUGUCAUUUUCAUGGAAAAGUGCGUGGACACCAGGACUCUAAUGUGGCGAUAUCAACGUGUGAAGGUUUGGUUGGUCAUAUAAAGACGAAACGUCAUGAAUACUAUAUUGAGCCUUCGAAGAACGACCCAGCUGACAAUUCAAGCGGGCAUCCUCAUGUUUUAUUUCAGAGAUCGUCUUUGAAACCAAAGAAGCACUAUGUAAAAUAUAAACAGCGAGAAGAAUUGAUUAGCAACUGUGGUACCAAGGAACCGAAAAGAUAUAGUGGAACACGUCUAGAAUGGCAAGCGCAUGGGAAAGUUAAAAUUCAAGGCGGUAGAAAGUUAAGGCACAAAUAUCCAUUCCGCUCAUACCGUCGCCAUCAACAACAUUCAAUACAAUGCAUACAAGGAAGAUAUCCUAGGAAAUUCAAUCAGGCGCCACAAAUUAAAUUGAAAUAUGAGACAGCUUCAGAUCACAUUAAUACAAUCAAUCAAUCGGACUCCACGAUCCAAAGUCAAACUACAGACUACGAGAAAAUCAAUAAUGACAAAAACAUUAUAAAUACGAAGGAAAUGAAGCGCUCAAAACGUUCAAUUAGCAGUCCACGCCAUGUGGAAGCGCUGAUAGUGGCAGAUGCAACCAUGGUCGCAUUUCAUAGCAAACUGGAGACAUAUGUACUCACCAUAAUGAAUAUGGUAUCGGCGCUUUAUAAAGACCCCAGUAUAGGCAAUUCAAUUGAAAUUGUUGUCGUCAAAAUUAUUUUGUUGGAGGAGCAUGAAGCUCAUCCCGAUUUAAAUCUUACGCAAAAUGCGCAAAAGAAUUUGGAUAAAUUUUGUAGAUGGCAGCACAAACUGAAUACGGCCAACGAAAAUGAUCCAUAUCAUCAUGAUGUUGCGAUACUUAUAACGCGGACCAAUAUUUGCGGCAACAACUGCAUGACCCUCGGUUUAGCCAAUGUGGGUGGCAUGUGUAAGCCGAAGCAAUCGUGUAGCGUUAACGAAGACAAUGGUAUAAUGCUUUCGCAUACGAUUGCACAUGAAUUGGGACACAAUUUCGGCAUGUUUCAUGAUACAGCGAAAACUGGAUGCCAUCCUCGAGUAGGCUCAAUUGUUCACAUAAUGACACCGACUUUUGGAGCAGAUACUUUACAAGUUUCCUGGUCGAAUUGUAGCCGGAAGUAUAUUACACAAUUUCUCGAUCAAGGUUUCGGCGAUUGUCUAGAUGAUGCGCCCACUCCCAAAAGAAAAUAUGUUUAUCCAGCUUUACCCCCAGGAGUACUAUUCGAUGUCGAAACGCAAUGUCGUCUGCAGUUCAAUCUAACGGAAGCCGACGUCAACGCAUCAUCAUGCACAUCUAUGGAUGAAAUUUGCUCUACAUUGUGGUGUAGAGUCAAUGGCGAAUGCGUAACAAACUUGCGUCCUACAGCGCCGGGAACAAGUUGUGGUGAUGGAAAGGGAUGUCAUAAUGGAAAAUGUAUACCAAAUGAACAAGCUCAUCCAAUUAAUGGGAGUUGGGGGGCUUGGUCCAAGUGGAGCGAUUGUUCGAGAACUUGUGGCGGAGGUGUGUCGACUCAAAAACGAGAAUGCAACAAUCCGGUGCCGGCGAAUGGCGGUCUCUUUUGCAUUGGUGAAAGAAAAAGAUAUAAGAUAUGUAAUCAUCAGCCAUGUCCGGUGGGUGAAAUCAGUUUUCGGGCACACCAAUGUUCCAAGUAUGACAAUGUGUACUAUCAAGGCUCAAUUUACAAAUGGUUACCAUUCUUCGAUAAUAAAAAUCCUUGUAAGCUGCUGUGCACUGAUGUUGACGAUACCAUCAUUGCAAAUUGGGGAGACACAGUGAAGGAUGGCACGCCUUGUGGUGUUGGCACUAACGAUAUGUGCAUCGAUGGAAUAUGUAAGAAAGUCGGAUGUGAUUGGGUUUUGGAUUCCAACAUGCGAGAAGAUCAAUGUGGAGUGUGUGGUGGAAAGAGCGAUCGAUGUAAAUUGAUAAAAGAGGUAUUUGAAGAGAACGUCAAUGUAACUGAUGGGUACGUAGAGAUUGUAACCAUUCCCUCGAAAGCCCGUCAAAUUAUAAUAAGAGAAAUAAGCAAUUCGAAAAUAUUUCUCGGACUUUCAAUGGCGAAUAGUAGUAAUUUUUACCUAAAUGGUGAUGGACUUAUAUCUAUGCCUGGAGAAUUCAGAAUAGCAGGAACGGAGAGUUUAUAUGAUCGUGUGGAUGAGCAAGAGAUCAUAAAAAUACCUCAACCGAUUGAAAAUGCUAUAACAGUACAUGCUAUAAUUCGUGGGGACGGAUUAAAUACCAGUAUUCGUUAUGAAUUUGCCUUGCCCGCACUAAAUAACUCACAAGGAGUACGGUAUUCAUGGAAGUUGGGCGAAUGGACCGAUUGUACCAGCAGCUGUGGAGGCGGUGUGCAAUAUAGAAUAGCACAAUGCUAUGCGGAUGGAGAAUGGACACCUAGCUCCGAAUAUUGUUGGACUUUUGCAGAAAACAAGAGACCAACGCGGCGUAUACGUGUUUGCAAUAGGCAUCAGUGCCCGGCCCAUUGGUGGACGGGUCCGUGGCAAUACUGCCCAGUUACCUGCAAAUGGUCAGAGGACUUGUCGCCUGUACGGCGUCGCACUGUCAUGUGUUUGGAUCAAAACGAAGUUGUUGUCGAGGAUGAUCGCUGCAAUAUUGCAUUAAAACCUCCGAGUACAGAACCCUGCAGUCAUAAUUUACCCAAGUGUAAAGUAAACAAUAAUAUGGAAAAUGUUGUUUUGCAAAUGCAAAACAUAUAAAGUAUUAGUAAAUUAGUAUUCACAAUUUCCGCCGAACAAGUUAAAUACAUGCAAUUAUAUAAAUAUAGUAAAUAGAUUUAUAUUGUUUAUAGAAUUAUUGAUGUUUAUUUUUAGCAAAGUUGUGUACGUAGACUUUAAAAAAUCGUUUUAACAAUUCGUGAUAAGUUUAAUGUACUUACAUAAUAUUUUC